CCCCUCCCUCUCUCUCUGUUCUCUCUUUUUUGUGUUUUAUUUUUCAUUUGUUUGAUAUCCAAAUUAGAACACGUGGGUUCCGCGUGCAUCAUAUUUUCGAAGGGAAAACAACUUUUGAGCCAUUCGAACCACCGCCCAUACGGACUCUGGCGGAACUGUAUGAUUAUUACUAUGUUUUAAACCCCAUUGCAGCUAACCAAACGCGGCCUUAGAUUCUGUGUGCUUUUGACACUCAUAUCAUGCCCCCAAAAGCAGAACACAUACAGAUAAUUCACGCAUCAAACUUUUCCUAAUGACUAUUACAGGAGUUUGGUUCGGUUCCUCUGUAACUCCCCAACCCAAUAGCGUCGCGUCUCUUAAAUUUCGAACUAAACCCAAAUCUUUAAAGCUUCAUGCCUCCUCCUCACUCUUUGAUUUCCCUCUCGCAAGCAAGAUCAUGGUUAAAAAUUUAUCAUAUUCCACCACUGAGACUUGUUUAAGGAAGGAAUUUUCAAAUUUUGGCCAGAUAGCCGAAGUUAAGCUUGUUAUGGAUGAAAAGGCGAAGAGGUCAAAGGGGUAUGCUUUUAUUCAGUACACUAGUCAAGACGAUGCCCUGCUAGCUCUAGAAAGCAUGGAUCACAAGUAUUUUGAUGGCAGGGUGAUCUUUGUGAAACUUGCAAAGCCAGGGCACAAUGCGUUUGGUGUAUACUCAAAAACCACCGGACCACCACAAGAGCAGAACAUUGCAAAUCAAGAUGAGGCAAUGGAGGGAGCAGGAGUAUCACUUUUCAGAUUUCUGUUUGGCUUGCAAAGUCUGCAACAGGUUAGGCUUAGCCUAGUGUUUGUGCAUUGCUGAUUCAAUCUUAUAUGAAAGAUCCUUCAAAAAAUGAUUUUUUUGUCUAUGUGAUAGGCACGACAUUGAAUGUUUACUUGGAAGUAAAUGAGUUGUUGAAUUGCUAGCCAUUUUUUGUUAAAUGAAUAUACUGAAUUACUGAUAAGGUAUUUUGUACAAUAGAAGAAAUCAAUUGUGUGAACAAGGCAUUGAAUUU